GUCUUUUUAAUCAAUUUCCCUGAUUUAAAGAGUAAAUAUUCGAGGAGUUGCAUAAAUUUACCUUACGAGAAUCCUCUAAAACCCCAACGAAGCAAGAUCCAAAUUCGAACGCAACAAUGGCUCCGAAAUCAGAACAAUCACAGAGCUUCUCUACACAAGCGGAUCCUUCUUCUUCAUCCAUGGACCCUCUCUUCCACAUCCUGAAGACCCUCCCCUACUCCAUUCUACGACCACCCAGACUCCGUCUGAAGCUCCCCUCUUUCGCUCUCCCUUCAGCCAUGACCGUCUUCGCUCUCGUCCUCCUCACCUACUUCAUGGUGGUUUCUGGGAUAGUUUACGAUGUGAUUGUGGAGCCUCCAGGCAUCGGGUCCACCCAGGACCCCACCACGGGUUCGGUUCGGCCAGUUGUGUUCCUUUCGGGACGCGUCAACGGUCAGUACAUCAUCGAGGGCCUUUCGUCUGGGUUCAUGUUCGUGCUUGGUGGGAUGGGGAUCGUGCUCUUGGAUCUGGCUCUUGAUAAAAACAGGGCUAAAAGUGUCAAAGUUUCUUAUGCCUCUGCCGGAAUUUCGUCCCUUAUUAUCGCUUAUGUUAUGAGUAUGCUUUUUAUUCGUAUUAAGAUCCCGGGUUAUAUGAGGUGAAUUUUUAGGUUUCUUAAUAAUUUUGGUUUGGAUUUAGAAUUUGAAUUUUCAUAUGCGAUGAACUGCUAUGAAUAGAUUAUCAGUUAUUAUUUAUCUUUCUGUUGAUUUGAUACAUUUUCAAAUGCAAGCUAGUAAUUUUGCA